AUGGUGACAACAGGAGAGAUCCUACUGUGCGACAUAAUGCAGCAAUUACUAUACCGUAAACCAUUCGGCAGCUUGUGCAACAGGCUCUGCUCUGCUGCAGAUGGGUUGGAGGAGAUGCUGGACGGCGUGCUGUCCUUGUUACGGCCGAAGGAAUACGAUGCAGGGGCAUCGACGGCUGGUCGAGUUGGAGCAGGUCACCAAAGCUCAGAAGAAUGGCAUGAUAAGCCCUCUGAUGAGGAGUUACAAAGAGAUGCUCUACCACCAGCAGACUCACUUCAAAGUGUUUCAGAAUGGCCAGAUGAGCCCUCUAAUAAGCAGUUAGAUAGAGAUGCUGAACCACCAGCAGCCUCAGUUCAAUGUGCUGUAGAAUGGCAUGAUAAGCCCUCUGAUGAGGAGUUACAAAGAGAUGCUCUACCACCAGCAGACUCACUUCAAAGUGUUUCAGAAUGGCCAGAUGAGCCCUCUAAUAAGCAGUUAGAUAGAGAUGCUGAACCACCAGCAGCCUCAGUUCAAUGUGCUGUAGAAUGGCAUGAUAAGCCCUCUGAUGAGGAGUUACAAAGAGAUGCUCUACCACCAGCAGACUCACUUCAAAGUGUUUCAGAAUGGCCAGAUGAGCCCUCUAAUAAGCAGUUAGAUAGAGAUGCUGAACCACCAGCAGCCUCAGUUCAAUGUGCUGUAGAAUGGCAUGAUAAGCCCUCUGAUGAGGAGUUACAAAGAGAUGCUCUACCACCAGCAGACUCACUUCAAAGUGUUUCAGAAUGGCCAGAUGAGCCCUCUAAUAAGCAGUUAGAUAGAGAUGCUGAACCACCAGCAGCCUCAGUUCAAUGUGCUGUAGAAUGGCAUGAUAAGCCCUCUGAUGAGGAGUUACAAAGAGAUGCUCUACCACCAGCAGACUCACUUCAAAGUGUUUCAGAAUGGCCAGAUGAGCCCUCUAAUAAGCAGUUAGAUAGAGAUGCUGAACCACCAGCAGCCUCAGUUCAAUGUGCUGUAGAAUGGCAUGAUAAGCCCUCUGAUGAGGAGUUACAAAGAGAUGCUCUACCACCAGCAGACUCACUUCAAAGUGUUUCAGAAUGGCCAGAUGAGCCCUCUAAUAAGCAGUUAGAUAGAGAUGCUGAACCACCAGCAGCCUCAGUUCAAUGUGCUGUAGAAUGGCAUGAUAAGCCCUCUGAUGAGGAGUUACAAAGAGAUGCUCUACCACCAGCAGACUCACUUCAAAGUGUUUCAGAAUGGCCAGAUGAGCCCUCUAAUAAGCAGUUAGAUAGAGAUGCUGAACCACCAGCAGCCUCAGUUCAAUGUGCUGUAGAAUGGCAUGAUAAGCCCUCUGAUGAGGAGUUACAAAGAGAUGCUCUACCACCAGCAGACUCACUUCAAAGUGUUUCAGAAUGGCCAGAUGAGCCCUCUAAUAAGCAGUUAGAUAGAGAUGCUGAACCACCAGCAGCCUCAGUUCAAUGUGCUGUAGAAUGGCAUGAUAAGCCCUCUGAUGAGGAGUUACAAAGAGAUGCUCUACCACCAGCAGACUCACUUCAAAGUGUUUCAGAAUGGCCAGAUGAGCCCUCUAAUAAGCAGUUAGAUAGAGAUGCUGAACCACCAGCAGCCUCAGUUCAAUGUGCUGUAGAAUGGCAUGAUAAGCCCUCUGAUGAGGAGUUACAAAGAGAUGCUCUACCACCAGCAGACUCACUUCAAAGUGUUUCAGAAUGGCCAGAUGAGCCCUCUAAUAAGCAGUUAGAUAGAGAUGCUGAACCACCAGCAGCCUCAGUUCAAUGUGCUGUAGAAUGGCAUGAUAAGCCCUCUGAUGAGGAGUUACAAAGAGAUGCUCUACCACCAGCAGACUCACUUCAAAGUGUUUCAGAAUGGCCAGAUGAGCCCUCUAAUAAGCAGUUAGAUAGAGAUGCUGAACCACCAGCAGCCUCAGUUCAAUGUGCUGUAGAAUGGCAUGAUAAGCCCUCUGAUGAGGAGUUACAAAGAGAUGCUCUACCACCAGCAGACUCACUUCAAAGUGUUUCAGAAUGGCCAGAUGAGCCCUCUAAUAAGCAGUUAGAUAGAGAUGCUGAACCACCAGCAGCCUCAGUUCAAUGUGCUGUAGAAUGGCAUGAUAAGCCCUCUGAUGAGGAGUUACAAAGAGAUGCUCUACCACCAGCAGACUCACUUCAAAGUGUUUCAGAAUGGCCAGAUGAGCCCUCUAAUAAGCAGUUAGAUAGAGAUGCUGAACCACCAGCAGCCUCAGUUCAAUGUGCUGUAGAAUGGCAUGAUAAGCCCUCUGAUGAGGAGUUACAAAGAGAUGCUCUACCACCAGCAGACUCACUUCAAAGUGUUUCAGAAUGGCCAGAUGAGCCCUCUAAUAAGCAGUUAGAUAGAGAUGCUGAACCACCAGCAGCCUCAGUUCAAUGUGCUGUAGAAUGGCAUGAUAAGCCCUCUGAUGAGGAGUUACAAAGAGAUGCUCUACCACCAGCAGACUCACUUCAAAGUGUUUCAGAAUGGCCAGAUGAGCCCUCUAAUAAGCAGUUAGAUAGAGAUGCUGAACCACCAGCAGCCUCAGUUCAAUGUGCUGUAGAAUGGCAUGAUAAGCCCUCUGAUGAGGAGUUACAAAGAGAUGCUCUACCACCAGCAGACUCACUUCAAAGUGUUUCAGAAUGGCCAGAUGAGCCCUCUAAUAAGCAGUUAGAUAGAGAUGCUGAACCACCAGCAGCCUCAGCCCAAUGUGCUGCAGGAUGGCAUGAUAAGCCCUCUGAUGAGGAGUUAGAGGGAGAUGCUGAACCACCAGCACACUCAGUUCGAAGUGUUGCAGAAUGGCAAGAUGAGUCCUCUAAUAAGCAGUUGGAGAGUGAUGCUGAACCACCAGCAGGCUCAGUUGAAUGGGCUGCAGAAGGGCAUGAUAAGCUCUCUGAUGAGGAGUUAAAAAGAAAUGCUGAACCACCAGCAGACUCAGUUCAAAGUGUUGCAGAAUGGCAACAUGAGCCCUCUAAUAAUGACUUGGAGAGAGAUGCUGAACCGCCAGCGGACUCAGUUCAAAGUGCUGCAGAAUGGCAAGAUGUGCUCUCUAACAAGCAGCAAGAUGAGCCCUCUGAUAAUGAGUUGGAGAGAGAUGCUGAACCACCAGCAGACUCAAUUCAAUGUGCUGCAGAAUGGCAUGAUAAGCCAUCUGCUGUGGAGUUAGAGAUGCUGAACCACCAGCAGCCUCAGUUCAAUGUGCUGCAAGAAUGGCAUGAUAAGCUCUUUGAUGAGGAGUAG